AUGGGGUCAACGAGGAAUAAAGUGAAUAUCUAUGCGGUGCCGGAUCUGAAGAAUGCGACGGACGACGAGAUCAGCAGGAUCAUGACAAGCCAGGGAUACACGCAAAAAUUCACACUGAUAGACAUCCGACUGGCGCUUGGGUUUUCGUCUGUGAUUGUGGCCGCGGCCGCGAGCUACUACGACUUCAAGGUCGGGUUUGAGGCGGCCAAGAAGUACACGGCGAUCGGGGUUACAGUCUAUUUUGUUUUGAACGCGUUGUUGACGCUGUGGAUAUGGAAGGGCGAGAAGGGGACGGUGUAUGAGGGGGUUAAGGAUGAUGUGAAGAUCUCGCUGCAGUCGUCGGCGACAAAACACGUGGCGGUGUACAAAGUAGAGGUGAAGAAUGGCAGGACAGGAAAGAAGGUCGAAGGCUGGAAGCCGUUCACAGAGUUUUUCGACUCCGAGGGAUACCUCGUGCCCGAGCCCCUCGAGCGCUGGCUCGAGACCGUGCUCGAGGACGCGCGUGAGGAGGGGGCAGAGACCCGGAAGAGCAAGUAG